UUGUGGGUGGGGCUGGUUAAACAUGGGUGCUCUGUGGUCGCUUCUCUUUGGAAGAACUUUGAGCAUAAAUGGAGAGAGCUACAGAGUAGUGAGACGGAUAGGAGAAGGAGGAUUCUCUUACGUUGAUUUAGUCCGAGGAAGAAACGGAGAGCAGUUUGCGUUGAAACAGUUGCUGAUACAAGUGGAAGAACAGAGAGAGUCCGUGGAGAGAGAGAUAUACAUGCAUCAAACGGUCACUCACCCUAAUGUACUCCAACUGGUCGACUCACAGAUAACAGAGCAAGGGAAUGGAGAGGCACGGGGACUCCUCCUCUUUCCAUUUUAUCAGUAUGGGACGUUAGAAGAUGAGAUUGAGGCUAGCAUGUCCCGUGGUCGUAAGAUCUCAGAGGAAAGGAUACUGAACCUAUUCCUCUCUGCCUGUCAAGGACUCCAUGCACUUCAUACCAGUGGUAACGAAGGACUAGCACACAGAGACAUUAAACCUGGUAAUUUGCUGUUGAGUGACAAUAAGGAGGAGCUUGUGAUAAUGGAUCUCGGCAGUGCUGCUUCCGGCCAGGUCACAGUUAACGACAGGAAGGAAGCCAUUGCCCUCCAAGAGCACUGUGCUCAGACAUGUACGGCAAUGUACAGAGCUCCAGAAUUAUUUGAAGUUCCCUCUCAAUCUGUCAUUACGCUAAAGAGUGAUAUAUGGUCUCUCGGAUGCUCCAUCUAUGCAGCUGCCUUUGGAACGAGUCCGUGUGAUGGAUCUGCUCUGUCGGCAAUGAGUGGUCGUAUCAUGUUCCCCAAGAACCAUUCUUAUUCGCUUGAGUUCUGUAAUCUCAUUACGUGGAUACUUAAAGUGAACCCUGAAGAGAGACCGACUGUACAAGAGGUAGAGCAACUCAUUGGUACUAUUCUCUCUAAGCAGGUUACUCCUCAUGGAAAUGUAUAACCAAACACCUGUACACUAGCAACUUCUAUUAUUAUUAUUAUUAUUAUUAUUAUUAUUAUUGUUAUCUCAUCAUAAAUGCUAUUAUUAUUAUAUAUGCAUCACUACUAAAAUAUAAUAUUUAUUAUAAUAAUUAGUCUUAAAUCGUAUAACGUA